UCGUGUCUGUAGUGGUGACGUGUCUCUAAAGUUUCUCCUCCUCCUCUCCUCCCGGUGGUGGUUCAGUAGUGAGACUGACUGGUCAGAUUUACACAGUAAAGGAGCACAUAGGUGGACUGUUGGGACAUCAUGGGCAUCAAAUUCUUGGAGGUGAUAAAACCAUUCUGUGCAGUGCUGCCAGAGAUCCAAAAACCCGAGAGAAAGAUCCAGUUCAGAGAAAAAGUAUUAUGGACUGCCAUCACUCUCUUCAUUUUCCUGGUGUGCUGCCAGAUCCCUCUCUUUGGCAUCAUGUCCUCAGACUCUGCAGAUCCAUUCUACUGGAUGAGAGUGAUUCUGGCCUCAAACAGAGGUACGCUGAUGGAGCUCGGUAUCUCACCAAUUGUCACCUCAGGCCUGAUAAUGCAGCUGCUGGCUGGAGCUAAGAUCAUUGAAGUUGGAGACACACCAAAGGACAGAGCACUCUUCAAUGGAGCUCAGAAAUUGUUUGGAAUGAUCAUCACCAUUGGCCAGGCCAUCGUAUAUGUGAUGACCGGCAUGUAUGGAGAUCCCUCAGAGAUGGGUGCUGGAAUCUGUUUGCUCAUCAUCAUUCAGCUGUUUGUAGCUGGACUGAUUGUGCUGCUGCUGGAUGAGUUGCUCCAAAAGGGCUAUGGUCUCGGUUCAGGGAUCUCACUGUUCAUUGCUACCAACAUCUGCGAGACGAUUGUGUGGAAGGCCUUCAGCCCCACAACUGUGAACACUGGAAGAGGUACUGAGUUUGAGGGAGCGAUCAUUGCUCUUUUCCAUCUGCUGGCGACUCGGACAGACAAAGUGCGUGCACUGAGAGAGGCCUUCUACAGACAGAACCUGCCCAACCUCAUGAACCUCAUCGCCACAGUGUUUGUCUUUGCUGUAGUGAUAUACUUUCAGGGAUUCAGGGUGGAUCUGCCUAUCAAGUCAGCUCGCUACCGUGGCCAGUACAACACCUACCCAAUCAAGCUCUUCUACACCUCCAACAUUCCCAUCAUCCUGCAGUCCGCCUUGGUCUCCAACUUGUACGUUAUCUCCCAGAUGCUCUCCACACGCUUCAGUGGCAAUUUCCUGGUUAAUCUGCUUGGAACUUGGUCUGACACAUCGUCAGGUGGUCCAGCUCGUGCCUACCCCGUUGGUGGACUCUGUUACUACCUCUCCCCCCCUGAGUCAUUUGGAUCUGUUCUAGAGGACCCAGUCCACGCACUCAUCUACAUCGUCUUCAUGCUCGGAUCAUGUGCCUUUUUCUCCAAAACUUGGAUUGAAGUCUCUGGCUCCUCUGCCAAAGAUGUGGCCAAACAGCUGAAGGAGCAGCAGAUGGUGAUGAGGGGACACAGAGAGACCUCAAUGGUCCAUGAACUGAACAGGUACAUUCCCACUGCUGCUGCCUUUGGUGGACUGUGUAUUGGUGGUUUAUCAGUGAUGGCAGACUUCCUCGGAGCCAUUGGCUCUGGUACUGGUAUCCUGCUGGCCGUCACCAUCAUCUACCAGUACUUUGAGAUCUUUGUGAAAGAACAGAGUGAAGUAGGCAGCAUGGGGGCCCUGCUCUUCUAGAAAAGCCAAUAUCCUCCCACCUUGUACCAACUUUUAUUAGGAUCACCAACCUUACAUUUAUUUUACAUCCAUGUGAAGCCCCCUGCAUCAUCAGCUCUCCAGUUUCAGGAUGUUUGAGGAACCUCUUCAGGAAACUCAGCUGAAAUGGGACAUUGUGAGGUUGUACGACUACACAGCAUGUUGCUUCCUCCACAUAUCUUCCAAAGUAACACAAAGACAGACAUUUCAGUUGUACCUACAAUUUUCCAACCGAACUCAAGGUCAAAGCUCCCUAAGUUUCAUUUAAGGGCUUCCUUUAUGAAAUAAAGUCCUGCGGGAGUUUGGUUCUUUUUUCAGACAGGAGAGCGCUUCAGUAUGCAGGCAUACUCGACUCGGAAGGUGGCGGUCAACUGCCUGCAUAGAAGCACUCGACCAUCUGCUUGGUGUUAUCUUAGUUUAUACUUUUACUUUCAGCAUUAUUUUAUUUUUCUGUUAUCCUGCCAAUCAGGUAAAAAGGUGUGGACCAGAAACUGAACUGUCAGACGCUGAGUCAAGUACUGUAUAUUGUCCUGAUUAUGUGACUCUGUCAAAGGUUUUAUUUGAACAGGGUCUUGUAAGAAGAGGAUGUGGAGUUCACAUUGGGGUCCACCUGUCAAAAUAAAUUGUCAUUCAAUGAGCCAUUCAAAAAAAAGGGUUCACGUAGAUUUAAUAUAUGGCAUUCCCAGGGCGCUGCAGUAUUAACUCAUCGUCGAAUUCAUUCUUGUUACCCAUUUCCUUACACUUUUUUGUCUGUUUUUUUAAUUGUCUGCCCAAAGCGUACUUUCACUAAUCAGUUUUUCAGACCCAACAAAUUAUGAUUUCUGUACAUAGGCCAUGCAUUGAAUAACUUUGAGUUUGUCUUAAGUGUAAGAUAAAGUCUUUUGAAUAUGUAAAAAAAAAAAAAACAUUUCAGAACAAACUUAUAUAAAAAAAACUUUUGUGGAAAAGAAACUUUAA